UGGCUAUUAUACAAGUACUCAUUGUAUGAUCCCAAAACAUUUAGAGACUGGAACAACAUGUUGGUCACAAUUCUAUGGUUUGCUUUAAUGCUCCCCUUUGGUCUUGCAUCCAUCGACACGACUGGUCUUCCGUCCUAUGAAGUGAACGCGUUGAGGGUGAUCGGACGAAAGUUGGGUAAAGAUUGGGAUUUCAACAAGGAUCCAUGUCUUGAAUGGAUUGGUUCUCCUGCCAAUAACACAUACGAUGAUACCGUCCUUUGCAACUGUACUGAAUCUAACGGGACGAUAUGCCACGUCACUAGCAUAAGUCUUAAAGGACAAAGCUUAGCAGGCACUCUCCCUCCUGAAUUCACCAAUCUUCCCAACCUUCUAAAUAUAGACUUAACUCGCAACUAUCUCAGUGGUACCAUCCCUCCAGCAUGGGGUUCCAUGGGGAAGAUUUUAAACAUUUCUAUGAUCGGGAAUCGUUUAACUGGAUCAAUCCCAAAGGAACUUGGGAACAUAAGCACAUUGACAACUUUAUCUGUAGAGGACAAUUUGAUGUCUGGAACGAUUCCUGAGGAGCUUGGGAAUCUUGCUAGCAUCGAGAGAUUGUUUCUGAACUCCAACUCUUUUAGUGGGACGUUGCCUGCAUCGUUUGCGAAUCUAACUACCAUCAAGGAAUUUCGGAUUGGAGGUAACAAUUUCUCUGGGAAGAUCCCCGAUUACAUUGGGCGAUGGCAAAGUCUCAAGAGCUUAAGGAUGCAGGCCAGUGGAUUGGAGGGGCCAAUACCUUGGAGAAUUACUCUUUUGGCGAACUUGUCAGACUUGAGAAUUAGUGACUUGGGAGGAACAGCCGCGCUUUGUCCACCUUUUGUUAACACGACGUCUUUUAAGACCUUGAUCUUGAGGAAUUGCAAUCUAUUCGGCAACUUACCAGAAUCUCUUCCUUCAAGCGGUUUGAAAGUUUUGGACUUUAGCUUUAACAAGCUUAAUGGUACCAUCCCAAACGGGUUCGCUGAUCUAAGAAAAACCGACUACAUCUAUCUUACGGGAAACUUGCUAUCUGGAACUAUACCUGAUUGGAUGCUCACUACAGGAGAGACUAUUGAUCUGUCAUACAACAAAUUCACAUAUCAAAACUCAAGUAACUUAAGGUGUCAGAUUCGGCAAACAAACUUGUUUGCUUCCUUUUCAACGGAUAACGUUUCUAAAGAGGUCUCAUGCUUGGCGAACAACAUUUGUGGUACACCUUCAACCUCCUUGUACAUUAACUGUGGUGGAAAGGGAGUAUCGGAUGGUAAUAAGGAAUACGAUGGUGAUGAGAACUCGGGCAGUGCUUCACAUUUCUCUUCAACUAAUGAUCGGUGGGGAUUUAGCAAUACCGGUCACUUCUUGGAUGAUGAUCAGCCUGACAGUUAUAUUUUGACAACUAAUUCCGAGUUCCCUGUGAAGAACUCUGAAUUGUACGCGACUGCACGAACCUCGGCCAUAUCUUUGACUUAUUACGGUUACUGCAUGCGUAAUGGAAGCUACAACGUCAGCCUUCACUUUGCCGAGAUUGCUUUUACUGAUGAUACGAAGUUUAGCAGCCUUGGGAGGCGCGUGUUUGAUAUCUACAUUCAGGGUAUGCUCGUGGAGAAGGAUUUUGACAUCAGUGAUAGAGCAGGUGGGGUUGGGAAAGCACUUGUGACGACUUACUCGGUUAAUGUUACAAGUACUUUGGAAAUCCGACUUUAUUGGGCUGGAAAAGGAACAAUAAAUGUCCCAACCCGAGGAACAUACGGGCCUCUUAUUUCAGCUAUUUCUGUGGAUCCAAAUUUUCAUGUUCCACGAGCGCAAGAGAAGGGAAACGGUGUGUCUGGAGGUGUUGUAGCCGGGAUUGUGGUUGGAGCAGUUUUCAGCAUUAUCCUAAUUCUUGGAAUUUUAUGGUGGUUUGGUUAUUUACGACGCAGAGAUUCAAGUGGACUAGAUUUGAGUGGUCUGGAGCUUAACACAGGUCGGUUUACAUUGCGGCAAAUCAAAGCUGCAACAAACAAUUUUGAUGUUGCUAAUAAGAUUGGAGAAGGUGGUUUCGGCCCGGUUUAUAAGGGAGUAUUGGCGGAUGGAACCUUAAUUGCUGUGAAACAGCUUUCUUCCAAAUCCAGGCAAGGGAAUAGGGAGUUCUUGAAUGAGUUGGGCAUGAUUUCCGCCUUGCAACACAAGCAUCUUGUGAAACUACAUGGAUGUUGUAUUGAAGGAAACCAGUUGUUGCUUGCAUAUGAAUACAUGGAAAAUAACAGUCUUGCCCGUGCUUUGUUUGGGCCGGAAGAAUGGCAGUUGGAACUUGAUUGGCCAACAAGAUACAAAAUUUGCAUCGGCAUAGCUCGAGGUUUGGCUUUUCUACAUGAAGAAUCAAGAUUGAAGAUUGUACACAGAGACAUCAAGGCCACUAAUGUCCUGCUCGAUAAGAAUUUAGAUGCCAAAAUUUCAGAUUUUGGUUUGGCUAAGCUUGAUGAAGAGGAUGACACCCAUAUAAGCACCCGUGUUGCUGGAACUUAUGGAUAUAUGGCUCCUGAGUACGCGUUGCGUGGUUACCUCACGGAUAAAGCAGAUGUCUAUAGCUUUGGAAUUGUUCUCUUAGAGAUCGUAAGUGGAACGCCUAACACUGUUGACAGGCUAAAGGAGAAUCAUUUUAUUCUUCUUGAUCGGGCCAUUGAUUUGAAAACUACGGGUGAUUUGAUGGAGCUAGCUGACCCGAGGCUGGAUUCAGUAUAUGAUGUCCAAGAGAUGGCGGUGGUUAUAAAUAUAGCUUUAGCAUGCACUGCAAUCUCUCCAAACGAUAGGCCCGCGAUGUCGUCAGUGGUUAGCAUGCUCGAAGGAAGAAUGGUUCCUCAAGAAUUUAUUGUUGGACAAAGUGCCUCGGUGACUAAAAUGGGUCCCAAGAAAAUGAAGCAAUCUGAGAAUACGAGUGAGAUCCAAACAGAGGAAAUGUCAUUCCCAUACACUGAUUCCUCUGUAUCUGCUAUUGAUUUGUAUCCAGUCGAUCGUUUCGACGAGUAUAUGCAGAAAAGAGACAGUGAUGAGGACAAGUAGCCUUGCGAGUUGUAAACUGUACCCUUCGUUUGCGCCCGGCCCAACCCUGGCCGGUCCACUAGAGUUUGGCCUGCUAUAUGAAAGGGGACUUAACCUGUUUUGUGCUCUUUAAUCAUUGUCAUGUGUGUCUUUUUGUGUGCUUCCUUAUCGUUGCAUCAUAAGUGUGUUUUUCAUAUCGAUCACAUAAUCGAACUAGAAAAUACCAAACAAGUAUGCUUUAUGGUAUAUAAAUUUGAUUGCACUUGUAUUGAGAGUUAAGAAAAUGUAUCCAGACAACAUGUUGAAGGAUGAUGUUGAUGAACAUCAUAAUCAUGAGAUUAAGGUUCUUGUUAAGAACGAACAAGAUCAAGAUGGAAUAAAUGGAGAUCCUUCAAAUAGUGAGUUUGAAUUGAAA